GCGGCGGUGGCUGCGGGCUGAGGGAGGCAGCCCCGGUACCGGUACCGUCGAUACCGGCACAGGCACCGGCAACACCACCGCCAGCGCCGGGCAGGGCCGCGGCGAGGAGGCGACGGACGAUGGGCAGGUGGAGAGAGGCGGUGGCGGUGGCCGGGCGGUUGGUCCAGCCCGUCCCCAGCGGCAUGGAGCCCGGUGCCGGUGCAGAAUGAAGGGUGCCCUGCGCCCCGCCCCGCAGACAUGUCUGUGCCUUUACUCAAGAUUGGAGUCGUCCUCAGCACCAUGGCCAUGAUCACCAACUGGAUGUCGCAGACGCUGCCCUCCCUCGUGGGGCUCAACACCACCAAACUCACGGCGGCCACGGGCGGCACCUUGGACCGCAGCACGGGAGUGUUGCCAACCAACCCAGAGGAAAGCUGGCAGGUCUACAGCUCUGCCCAGGAUAGCGAGGGGCGUUGUAUAUGCACAGUGGUGGCACCUCAACAGACGAUGUGCUCGCGUGAUGCCAGGACAAAGCAGCUGAGACAACUAUUAGAAAAGGUGCAAAACAUGUCCCAGUCGAUAGAGGUGUUGGACAGGCGAACUCAAAGAGACCUACAGUACGUGGAGAAGAUGGAAAACCAGAUGAGGGGACUGGAAACAAAAUUUAAGCAAGUGGAAGAAAGCCACAAGCAGCACCUGGCAAGGCAGUUUAAGGCGAUAAAAGCGAAAAUGGAGGAACUUAGGCCUUUGAUACCAGUGUUGGAAGAGUACAAAGCCGAUGCCAAAUUGGUAUUGCAGUUUAAAGAGGAGGUCCAGAAUCUGACGUCAGUUCUAAACGAACUCCAGGAAGAGAUUGGCGCCUAUGACUACGAAGAGCUUCAGAACAGAGUGUCAAAUCUUGAAGAAAGGCUUCGUGCAUGCAUGCAAAAAUUAGCUUGUGGCAAGCUGACAGGAAUAAGUGACCCCAUCACAAUUAAAACCUCGGGGUCCAGGUUUGGAUCCUGGAUGACAGACCCUCUGGCUCCCGAGGGAGAGAACAAGGUCUGGUACAUGGACAGCUACCACAACAACCGCUUCGUCCGCGAGUACAAGUCCAUGGCAGACUUCAUGAACACCGACAACUUUACCUCCCACCGCCUCCCUCACCCCUGGUCAGGCACCGGGCAAGUGGUCUACAACGGCUCCAUCUACUUCAACAAAUACCAAAGCCACAUCAUCAUCAGGUUCGACCUGAAGACAGAGACCAUCCUCAAGACCCGCAGCCUGGAUUACGCCGGCUACAACAACAUGUACCACUACGCCUGGGGGGGCCACUCGGACAUUGACCUCAUGGUGGACGAGAACGGGCUGUGGGCCGUCUACGCCACCAACCAGAACGCCGGCAACAUCGUCAUCAGCAAGCUGGACCCCAACACCCUGCAGAGCCUCCAGACCUGGAACACCAGCUACCCGAAACGCAGCGCCGGGGAGGCCUUCAUCAUCUGCGGCACCCUCUACGUCACCAACGGCUACUCGGGAGGGACCAAGGUGCACUACGCCUACCAGACCAACGCCUCCACCUACGAGUACAUCGACAUCCCCUUCCAGAACAAGUACUCCCACAUUUCCAUGUUGGACUACAACCCCAAGGAUCGGGCCCUCUAUGCCUGGAACAACGGGCACCAGAUACUUUACAACGUCACCCUCUUCCACGUCAUCAGGUCCGACGAGUUGUAGUCCAGCCUGGUUCAGAAACUGCUUUAGAAACAGCCAACCAACCAACCAACCAACCAACCAAAACAAAACAGCAAAGGGGGGAGGAAAAACAACAACAACAACAACAGCAGCAACAACAACAAGAGGGAGAAGCUAAGAAUUUUGCCUGCCAAAAGCUCAGCGUGGAGGCGACACACUUUAAACGAGCCAAGAGCCCAAACAGCUGCCAUAAAGCGAAGGCCCAGCCGGCACGGACCCCAGAGGUCAGCAUCAACCUGAGAGAUCAGCAUCAACCUGAGAGAUCAGCAUCAACCUGAGAGAUCAGCAUCACCUCUGCCUUUCUAGAAGCCUGGCCCCGUCUUACAGACUCACCAAGAACCAUCUCCUUGCAGCUGGAACUGCACUCCAAGGACCACCUCGGCUUGGGGCUUUCCGUUCCGCCCCCGUUUCCGACAGCCGACCUGCAGUACCUACUCGAGAGGCGAGGCCAUGACUGUUGGAAGCUUCUCGUCCUCGGG